UUUACGUGCAGCACGCAGCCAGCACGCCGAUGAACGACUGGCAGACAUUUGAAGUCGACAAUUCCGAUAAUGUGAGCGACGAUGAAAGCCGUGAGCUUCGGUGUUCUGGGAGGAAGAGGUGUGCCAGUACCAAGUGUCAGUGUCAUCCGGAGACUUUGGCGGAUAUGCAGCUCUCCGAAGUGAGGAAUAACCACGGAAAUAGGAGAACAAAUUGGGGAAUGGGGCAGCUUUGA